GCCAGUUACCGCGUCGGCCACACCGCCGCCUUCCACGAUCGCGAUCACCGCCUCCACCAAGCCGUUCCCCGGAAGAAACCCAGCGCCGCCUCUCCCCACCACGCGUCCGCGAGACCGGCGCCCGCCAGCCACCGCCAUGCCGAUCUCCUCCACCCACGCCGGACGCCUCGGCACCGGCCCCGCGCGCGCGCCCGCGCCCGCGCGGUGGAGCCCCUACGCCCGUUCCUCUGUGCCUGAGCCCCAGGGCGGCCGCGGCGGCGCCAAGGCCUCGCGCCCGCCUUUACGCCUCGAUCCCGCGACGGAGAGACUCCUCGGCCCCGCGCAGAAGGCGGCGCCUUCCGGAUCGCGUCGCCGUGCCGAACCCGCCGCGCCCGACGGAGCUUCUGCUGCACCCGCAGGACGGAGCCGUGGAGGCGAGAUGACAAGCCCGGAGCCUGUGCUGAAGCCGAAGCCGAAGCCGGACGCUGGAAUCGACGCACCCCCCGUUAAGAAGCCCCGCUGCAGCGGCGGGGGUGGCUUCGUCUUCCUCUGCGCCCUCGCUGGACACACAGCGGCUAUCAGCGGGAUCUCAGUGCCGCGUUGUUCGGACAAACUCUAUUCCGGCAGCGUCGACGGAUCUAUUCGCGUCUGGGACCGCAACUCUGGCAAGUGUAUUGAUGUCAUCAAGUUGGGAGGCAAGGUUGGCUGCAUGAUCACCCAUGGUCCAUGGGUACUCAUAGGGAUUCCGAAGUCCGUGGAGGCAUGGAACACACAGACAGGAAUGAAAUUAAGUCUUCAGGGGCCUUCUGGUCUGGUUUGUUCCAUGACUAUCACGGAUGGGAUGCUGUUUGCUGGUAUGGGAGAUGGUCGCAUCAUGGCUUGGAAAUUUCCUUCUAAGGAGAGCAACAUGGAACCAGUGUCGAUCCUCACAGGCCAUCAACGUCCCGUCAUUUCACUUUCUAUCUCAGCAACGAGACUUUACUCUGGCUCACUUGACAAGACCAUUAAAGUAUGGGACCUCAUGACUCUGCAGUGUGUCCAAACACUCUCUGAGCAUAAGGCUCCUGUAACAUCUGUCCUAUGUUGGGAUGAAAAGUUAUUAUCUUGCUCCCUGGACAAGACUGUAAAGCUCUGGACUCUUUCAGAGUCUGGGGAUCUUCAAGUCAAAUAUACCCAUGCUGAGGAGCAUGGGUUGCGCACACUCUUCGGCAUGCACCGUGUCGGGAAGACGCCAGUUCUCUUCUGCUCCCUCCAUAACAGCAACCGCAUCCGCCAGCUCGACCUUCCAUCGUUCGAGGAGGUGGGCACCCUCUCCUCCAAGAAGGAAGUGAGGACCAUCGAGCUCGCGGAUGGUGGGCCGCUCUUCACCGGAGACUGCUCCGGCGAGCUCAAGGUGUGGAGGUGGGCGCUCCAGCAGGACCAGGAUCAGGAGGCGGCGUCGGCUGCGCAUUCAUAAUCAUAGUCAUCAGCAUAGCCUCAUUGAAGAAUGACAGCUCCAUCAUUGUAACCAUUGUAUGCUUGUAAAUUAUGGCAGCUCUCAAGUCCAGCGCUGACGAUGUAGCACAGUGCAGAGGAGACGGCCCAAUUUUCUGAGGCCUGAUAUGUGACGCAACCCUGAGGUCACGUUCCCAUGCGGCUCCUUAAGUGCCACGACUUGAGAUGCGGGCAA